GCUUGUUUACAAAAAAUUGAAAAUAAGCCCAAACUGAUCUCCCGCACUCUCGCUCUUUACAAUCACCCUCUCACUCGUCCAGUCGUCCUUCUUUCCUCCGCAUCACCGCCGUAGAAGACGUCGCCGCUGCGGCCGCCUCCGUCUGCGAUGGGCCCACCAAAACCCUCCAUUACAAUCUCCCAACAAGCUUUCGACGAAAUGGUGAAGGAAAACAUCGACGACCUCCAAAUGGACCCCACCGAAGCCCUUCAAGACGCCAUCGAAACCCUAACCCUCCAAGGCGUCGAUCUCUCCGGUAUCGUCACGUGCAAGGAAGACCCGGUGAUCCGGUCACGGGACCGGUUGAAACAGUUGGAUUCCGAUUGGACGGAACGGAUUGCUGACCGGAAAGAUGUGGAUGAGGUGGUGGAUUUGCUUGAUGAGUUGACUGAGUUGUGUUUAAUGGAAGGGUCUGGGAAUGCUGCGAUUGGGACCAGGAAUGGAGGGAUCAAAUUGAUUUGUUCGGUUUGUUUGAAGCUUCGUGGUGGGUCCGAUCGAGGUUUGGGUUCGGGGUUGAAGGCACUCGCAUCACUUAUUCAUGAUGUUCAAAGUGGUGAUACAUUUCAAAGGAGUGGUGGACCAAAGAUGGUGAUGGCUAUCCUAAGUGACAGCAGUCAAAGUUCGAAUAUCUUGAAUGGCGGUUUUUCUGUUGUUGCUGCAGCUGCAAUGGGCAAUGAGAUUGUCAAGGAAUCAUUUAUGGAGUUGAAAAUUGAUGAGCUUAUGUUCCAAAUUUUGAGGACACAUGAUAAAGGGAGCAUCCAUAGUUUGUAUGAUGCUAUACGGGUCUUGCUAACACCUGAUGAUAACCGUGUUGUGGCAUCCCAGGUCUAUGGUUAUGCCCGACGUUUUGCAAAAAUUGGAAUUGCAGAAGUUCUUGUGGACUCUCUUAAAGAAGGGCUUAAUUCGCCAAGUCUAGUAUCUGCAACCAUCACUCUAAAGGCUGUUGCCGUCAAUGAUGAAAUAUGUAGAUGCAUCGCCGAAAGUGGCGGUGUGGAUGCACUUCUUCAAUGUAUUGAUGACAGUGGUGAACAGGGCAAUGAAAACGUAGCUAGAGUUUGUUGUUCUUUGUUGUGUAAGUUGGCAGGAAGUGAUGCAAACAAGAGUGCUAUUGUACAAAAGGGAGGAAUGGAUAGGCUAAUCAAACUCGCGGCCAGAUUUUCCGAUGAUCCGUCAGUUUUGCAAGAGGUCAUGUCUAUUAUAGCUGUACUAUCGUUGAGAUCCCCAGACAAUGCGGCUCGUGCCAUUGAAGCUGGAGCUGGAGAUCUUGCUAUCCAGGCUAUGCAGAGCUUUCCUGGAGCUCAUCAAAUGCAGAGGAAUGCCUGUUCAAUGAUCCGUAAUCUCGCGGUUAGGAACCCAGAAAAUAGAACUAUAUUGCUUAACAAUGGUAUUGAGAAGAUCAUAAGGAAAGCUAGGGAAAACCAUGAAAGCUGUAACAGUGCUGCUACGGAUGCGCUAAGAGAUCUGGGGCUUGAUGACUACAACAAAUAGGUUACGCUUUCUACUGCUGUUACCUACUUGGUUCAUUUGCAAUGUGUCCUUUAGUUGUUUUUGCUCAAAUUUUGCCUUGCCUUCUGCAUGGAGGUCCUUGAUCACAUAUUGUGUCGUGCAUAGUUUGGUUUUCAAAUAUUGAACUCAAAUAUCACGAUGUUAUUUACUCAAGCGAUACACGAAAAGUGUAAUUGACUCCAACUUGGAGUCACACAGACAAUCACAUUUGAAAAUUAGUAUGUAUGGAUGAUAUUUAUUUUUGUUUUCCGAAAAA